AUGAGGGCCAAUCCCUGGGGUGCUGGCAAGAGUGGCUUCAAAACCACCCGGCCUUCAUCUGAAGCCCAUGAAGGGAAACAUGGAUGGAAUCCAGAAGAUCUGACAUGGAAUCCCCCUGAGACACUUGGUGGCUGUGGCCCUGCUAUUAGCAUCAAUACGGCACAGGAACCAGCCAUCCUCCCGCCCCUAAUUCAGGACAAGGACCAGCCUGUCUGCCUCCGUUUGGUCCUCCCAGAGAUGAGGAGGUCGGGCUCAGGGGCUUCUUGGGUCCCUUCUCACCCGAGAUCUGUUCUCUCCUCAGAAAUGCUUCCGUGUUUCUUUCCAUGGCCGCCUCCUAUAUCACAGGAAGGAGGCCGAGGAGGAUCAGAGCUAAAACUGCCAGAAAAGAAACCAAAAGGACCAGCUGCAGCCCGGGAGACUGAGGAGAACUUGGUGCGUGGCCCCUCCUCCAGCAGGGCUCCAAACCUAGAGGUCCAGGAAAGUAUUCACUCCUGUCCUGUUUGGGACUUUCUUCUUGAGAGAGGAGUGGAGGGAGUCAAUGCAAAAGUCGCAGCCGUGGCUUUUGCUGUGGAGAGUUUCUGUUCCGUAACUCCUGGGGAGCGAGAAGACCCGGGUGGACCCAUUGCGGGUGUACACAGAAGAAGUCUCCCCACCUUGGGGCUCCGACCUCCUGAAGGACCACCAUCUGACCCAAGCAGAGGCCCUGGAGUUAAAGGGAAUGGCACCUCGGAUUCACAGGCCCCCAUCCCAGCUUCUGGGGUUUGGACAGGCCACUCAGGCCUCUCCAGUAGGCUUUGGAAGAGGUUUGAGGUGAGACCAGGUGAGAGCACAGACAGGAAACAGACAGGAUUCGAUCAGCCACCUGAGAAACCUCCUGAAAUGCCCAAGUAUCAAGAUAACCUAGGGAGAAUCGCCUGUGGCUCAAGUUUAAACCUCACAAGACAUCCAAAGAGUAAACAUGUAGAAAUGCUUUCUGUGAGUAAUAAAGGGGUGAGACCUUUCAGUCAGAACUCUGAACUUGGUUCAUAUCAAAUAAUCCACUCUGAAGAGAGACCUUAUGAAUGUAAGCAGUGUGGAAAGUCUUUCAAAUGGAGGGGGAAUCUUGCUGAGCAUCAGAGAAUCCACACUGGAGAGAAACCUUAUGAAUGUACACAGUGUGGAAAGACUUUCACACGGAGUGAUCAUCUUGCUUCACAUCAGAGAAUUCACACUGGAGAUAAAUCUUAUGAAUGUACACAGUGUGGGAAGGCUUUCAUACACAGGGUGAGUCUUGCUGCACAUCAGAGGAUCCACACUGGAGAGAAACCUUAUGAAUGUACACAGUGUGGAAAGGCUUUCACACAGAGGAUUACUCUUACUAAACAUCAGAGAAUCCACUCUGGAGAGAAACCUUAUGAAUGUAAACAAUGUGGAAAGGCUUUCACAGAGAGGGGCUCUCUUGUUAAACAUCAGAGAAUCCACUCUGGAGAGAAACCUUAUGAAUGUACACAAUGUGGAAAGGCUUUCACAGAGAGGGGUUCUCUUGCAAAGCAUCUGAGAAUCCACUCUGGAGAGAAACCUUAUGAAUGUACACAAUGUGGAAAGGCCUUCACAGAGAGGGGUUCUCUUACUACACAUCAGAGAAUCCACUCUGGAGACAAACCUUAUAAAUGUAAACAAUGUGGAAAGACUUUCAAACGGAGGAGCCAUCUUGCUGUACAUCAGAAAAUCCACACUGGAGUAAAAUCUUAUGAAUGUAAACAAUGUGGGAAGGCUUUCACCGUGAGAAGCAAUCUUGCUGCACAUCAGAGAAUCCACUCUGGAGAGAAGCCUUAUGAAUGUACAGAAUGUGGAAAGGCUUUCACACAGAGGGACUCUCUUGCUAAGCAUCAGAGAAUCCACUCUGGAGAGAAACCUUAUGAAUGUAUACAAUGUGGAAAGGCUUUCACAGAGAGGGGCAAUCUUGCUAAGCAUCAGAGACUCCACACAGGAGAGAAGCCUUAUGAAUGUAAACAGUGUGGAAAGGCUUUUACAGAGGGGGGCCAUCUUGCUAAGCAUCAGAGAAUCCACACUGGAGAGAAACCUUAUGAAUGUAAACAAUGUGGAAAGACUUUCAAACUGAGUAACCUUGCUUUACAUCAGAGAAUCCACACUGGAGAGAAACCUUAUGAAUGUACUCAGUGUGGAAAGGCUUUCAGACAGAGUAGUUCUCUUGCUACACAUCAGAGAAUCCACUCUGGAGAGAAGCCUCAUGAAUGUAAGCAAUGUGGAAAGGCUUUCACACAGAAAGUCACUCUUCAUAAUCAUCAGAGGAUCCAUACUGGAGAGAAACCUUAUGAAUGUACACAAUGUGGAAAGGCUUUCAUAUCAAGGGACAAACUUUCUUCACAUCAGAGAAUCCACUCUGGGGUGAAACCUUAUGAAUGUAACCAAUGUGGAAAGGCUUUCAAAGACAGGGGCUGUCUUUCUGUACAUCAAAGACUCCACACUGGAGAGAAACCUUAUGAAUGUAAACAAUGUGGAAAGACUUUCAAACGGAGGAGCCAUCUUACUGAGCACCAGAAAAUCCACACUGGAGUGAAAUCUUAUGAAUGUAAACAAUGUGGAAAGGCUUUCGCAAGGAGUAGUAGUCUUACUGUACAUCAGAGAAUCCACUCUGGAGAAAAACCUUAUGAAUGUACACAGUGUGGAAAGGCUUUCACCGUGAGAGACUCUCUUGUUAAGCAUCAGAGAAUUCACACUGGAGAGAAACCUUAUGAAUGUAAACAAUGUGGAAAGGCUUUCACAGACAAGGCCCAUCUUUCUGUACAUCAGAGACUCCACACUGGAGAGAAACCUUAUGAAUGUAAACAAUGUGGAAAGGCUUUCACUGUGUGGAGCAAUCUUAUUGUACAUCAGAGAAUCCACUCUGGAGAGAAACGUUAUGCAUGUACACAGUGUGGAAAGGCUUUUACCAUGAAGCAUUCUCUUAUUAAGCAUCAGAGAAUCCACUCUGGAGAGAAACCUUAUGAAUGUAAUAAAUGUGGAAAGGCUUUCACAGAGAGCGGCUCUCUCACUGCACAUAAGAGAAUCCAUACUGGAGACAAACCUUAUGAAUGUAAACAAUGUGGAAAGGCUUUCACACAGAGCUCUGGUCUUGCAGUACAUCAGAGAAUCCACUCUGGAGAGAAACCUUAUGAAUGUAAACAAUGUGGAAAGGCUUUCACAGCGAGGGACUCUCUUACUGCACAUCAGAGAAUCCACUCUGGAGAGAAACCUUAUGAAUGUACACAGUGUGGAAAGGCUUUCGCAUGGAGGGACUCACUUACUAAGCAUCAGAGAAUCCACUCUGGAGAGAAACCUUAUGAAUGUAUACAAUGUGGAAAGACUUUCACAGAGAGGGGCCAUCUUUCUGUACAUCAGAAGCUCCACACUGGAGAGAAACCUUAUGAAUGUAAACAUUGCGGAAAGGCUUUCACAGUGAGUGGAAAUCUUACUAAGCAUCAGAGAAUCCACUCUUGAGAGAAACCUUGUGAAUGUAAUAAAUUCUGAUAGCCUUUCUCUUAAUGUUCCACAGUUGGUUCAUGUCAGAAAAUCCCCACUGGAGAGAAACCUCAUGAAUGAGGUUGAGCUUAUAGUUGCCACUCUUAGCUUUUACAGAAGAGGAUCCACGCUAGAGAGAGAAACUUUUGGAAUAUGAUCAGUAUGGUAAGACCUUCAGGCAGCAAUCAUCUCUUAUUGCCAAGAGGGAAUUCCUUUUGGAUAAAAGUCUUAAUCCUGUCAUGAAUGAAGAAAGACAUUGAAAUGGAUAGUCCAGAGCUUUUUCAGUAGAAGAAAAUGUCUUUUGAAUAAACUAGUUCCAGAUGGACUCCCUGCAGGAAGGCUUUCAGCCAGAGAUCAUAUCAUGGAAUUCAUAGUGGAAAAAAGAACCUAGCAGAUGUGCUCAAGUUUAUAUGUUUUCCCCAUUAGGUGGGUGACCACUAUCAUUUUGAGAAAUGCAAAUGAUAACCAAUCUGAAGGACCAGCCCAUGUCAGUUGGAUUGGCUGUUAUGGCAGAAAAGGAAAUUGAAAAAUAUUCGAGGAGAUGUGGGAAAAUUGAAAAAAGAAUGAAACUUUUUGAGUUGUCAACUAAUUCAACAUUCCUGAGAGGUGAAUUUGGAAAUAUGUCCAAAGGGCAAUCAAAAAGGAAAAGGAAAGAUUUGA